CCGAGAUUAAUUUAAGAGGAUUAAUAGUACUACUCAUACCAACAGAGGUGCAUCUCCUUUUAAGGGAGCUCAUCACCCAAGAACUCCAAAGUUAAGCGUGCUUGCACGGGAGUAGUCUUGGGAUGGGUGACCCCCUGGGAAGUUUCUCAGGGCGCGCACGAGUGAGGACAAAGUGCGCGGUAAAGGCUCGUGGUGGUUUGUGAGGACAGUACUAGAGGUCAGAAGUAACUACCUCGGGGCCUACGGGGCCGGGGUGUUACACAACGGGCAGGUCGAGAACGCCAACAGAACAAUUAUGGAGGGGCUGAAGAAGAAGCUCCAGGCCGCAGGAGGUAGUUGGGUCGACGAGCUCCCCAACAUCAUGUGGUGCUACAGAACCACGCCGAGGCGGGCGACAGGUGAAACGCCUUUCGCCCUGUGCUACGGCUUUGAAGCAAAGGCGCCCACGGAAGUUGCCAUCCCCAGCCGACGGGUGGAACAAUACGAGCCUGACGCCAAUGAGGAAAGCAUGAAGAUUGACCUGUACCUGGUUGAUGAGAGGCGUGAGCAAGCUUACGUCCAAGAAGAGAACUACCGGCGUCAAGUAAAAUCAUACUAUGACGCCAAGGUACGUUCCCGGGAAUUUCAGGUGGGGGACUACGUCCUCCGCCGAAGGGAAGCAAGCCAGCCGACAGAGGGUGGCAAACUAGCAUUGAAGUACGAAGGGCCCUAUAUCGUCAGUGUCGUGGUCAAACCCGGCACCUACAAGCUUAAACGCCUGAAUGGGUCCAAUGUACCACGAACGUGGAAUGUACACCAUCUGGUGAAGUUUUAUCAGUAAUCCGAAGGAGGUGGAGACGGCG